AUCAUCAUCCCUCCCUCCUCAGUGUCAGCUUGAGGCUGACACUAGAGGAGCGCACAUCUUUCCUGUCUCUGCUCGUCUGUAAGGACAUGAUCCCCAGCAGAGAGAGGACAGUCAGAAUCAGCGUGCAGCAGUCUGGACCCGACCAUGACCGGGAUAUUUGGAAAGCUCUCACUGUCAAGUUUCUCACAAAGCGCUUCAUCAGUGAAUAUGAUCCUUAUCUUGAGGAUAUCUAUUCAUCAGAUGAGCUUGUGGACCAGCAGCCUGUUACAGUUCGAGUGAUGGACACCUGCGACCAGGAGGGUCCAGUGAAUUGUGAGCGCUAUCUGUCAUGGGCCAAUGCCUUCCUGGUGGUCUACAGCAUCAACAGCAUGGAGAGUUUUAAAGGCUGCCAGCUGUACCUGCAGACUCUCUCCAUCCAUAAGAACACCUUCAGCUCCCAGACUCCCAUCAUCCUGGUGGGCAACAAGCUGGACAUGGACAGAUACAGGCAUGUAAUCUUUCUGUGGGUCUUUUUUAUACCUGGCAGGUUGUUUGAUUUGUGUUAUAUGGGUCUGCAAGAAGAAAGCUCAGUCUUCAGGCUCCAUAGAGCUGAAGUUUGUGCUAGCAUUUUACUGUUGAGGGAAGGUUGAACACCUUAUGUACAUAAUAUUUCAAUAACUGAUGCGAAAGUUAUUUCUUUGUAACAGUGGCUACAUUAAGAUAACAGUUCUUUCGUUACAUGGUGGUCCAGUAAGUAACAUGGAAACAGCUUUGAACACUGCCUGAGAUAAACCUAGAGGAUUUUGGCAAUAUAACGGUACACUGCAGAGAUAAAUGUGUUGACCUGUAAUGCAUUACAGUUCUUCACAGAAAACCUGUGCAGGAAAUCAAAGAAACAUAGAAGUAGAGCUCAAGAAAACAAAACAAACUUGGUUUUCUUGAGAUUCAUUCAUUAUCUCAAGAAACCCACUGGGAAAAAGUAAAUGCAGAAAAUGUCUGCUCUUGGUUUUCAGACAAAAUAAACCAAAAUCUUGUUGGUAAUUUUUUUACUGUGUAAUUGUGCAAACAGCACACACAAAAGUGUGGCUGAAAUGCUCAGAGAGAGAUGAUUGUCUCUCUGAGAGUUAGAUGACCAAAGCUGAUUUCUCAAGAAACAUCAGGUGAAGGUUAGAGACGCAGUGAUCCACUUUUUUCACUUCUGGUAUGGAUACAAAUGUCUGAGGUUUAGUGUCAGCAGAUAUCAAUCCAAUACAGAAAAACAGCUGAAUUGAUAUUAAUAAGGGAUUGGUGCAUCUUUAGUUGAUGUUGUAAAAAUAAAGUCUGAUCUUCUGUCAGACAAUGAAGAAUUAAAGGUUAACCUUUAAACGGAAAAAGGUUAAACGUUUAAAGGUUUAAAAGGUUUAAUUAACCUUAAAACGUAUAAAGCCGUGCGCACGCACGUGGCUGCGCAUCUUUCCUUUGUGCAUACCAAUUUGCGGGAAAUUGAGCACAGCUGCUGGUCCGCCCUGUCGCCUCCAUAAAUAAAUAUGUAAAUUAGUAUAAAUACUCGGUCAGCCACCACGUGAAGUCAGCUGAAGCUGAUGAUCAGCUUCAUCAGCACAAAGACAUCUGAACGAUCAGCUUGUAAAAGAAGAAACAAAAAAAUGAAUUCAAA